GCUGUGAUUGGACGAACACACGUCAAUCAUGAUUAGCAUCAGGCUUGGUUGAGGUGGUGGCUGCUGGUUGAUGCAGCGGUCAGAAGUCAUACAGCAGCUAGCAGAAAACGAUGCAGUUCCUGGGUCGGCUGUUGGACACCGUCUCCUCUGUGUCGACUCUCUUCUCAAACCCAUAUCGUGUCAGAGAUGUCCCGCAGUCUGAUUAUGGUGGAGGAGGAGGCAAAAUCAUCUUAAAACAGGAAGGCCGCGUGGUCCUGUACAAAAACACACAGUGUCAGUCAUGGGACUGUUUGCUACUGUUGCCCGAGACACCGGCGAUGGCUCUGAGGCUGUUUCAGGUGGUGUCAGAGGAAGAUGCCAUGGAGUGGUUCCAGCAGUAUGGCCUCAAACUUAAACCUUUCUAUGAGACUCUCCCUCUGAAGGUCGAGAUGGUGCAAACGAUUGUUGACUGCAUCCGGAGCCACCCGGACUGGAGUUCCGCUCACAUUGCUGUGGAGACCGGCCUGAGAGACUGUCUCAAACAUAACCUUGUCCAAAGUCAGAUUAAUUGUCAGGAUGCAACAGGCCAGACACCUCUUCACCUGGCAUGUGAGAAAAGUGACUUGGCGAGUUUGAAGGCGCUCCUGGAGGAGAGCCAGGCUCGCACUGACAUCAAAGACCACAACGGGGACACACCCAUGCACUGUGCCUCCAAGCAGGACUCACCUGUCUUCAUCCAGGCCUUGUGUUCACAGUUGUGUUCGGGGGUGAAUACGCUAAAUAACGGCGGGGAAACUCCGCUCCAUGUAUCCUGUCGUCAGGGACGCGUGGAGUCCAUCAAAGCCUUGCUGGAGGGUGGGGCGAAGUGUGACGUUGAUGGAAAUGCUGGUUAUCCUAUCCACACGGCUGUGAAGUACAGCCAGAAGGGUUGUGUAGAGGAGAUUCUCAGAGCAGAUCCUAGCCAGCUCCAAGCUGAAGACUCCAUGCAUGGAGGGACACCACUGCACUGGUCUAAGACAGCCGAGAUGUGUCGGUUGCUGCUGAAUCAUGGCUCUGAUGUGAACUAUCUGAGUAGGACAGGAGAGAGCGCCCUCCACAUUCUAACUGAAAGGGGGCGUUUCGAGGCAGCCAUGGUGUUGCUCACCCACGGGGCACAUGCUAACCUGAAGGGUCGGGAUGGAAACACAGCUUUGCACUUGGCCAUGAAGGCGGAUAACAUAGAGAUGAUCAAAGCUCUGAUUGUGUUUGGAGCUGAUGUUGAGAUCCAUAACGAUCUUGGAGAAACACCUGGACUCAUUGCUGCACGCACAAGCAAAGGUCCUAAUAGAAAGAUACUGCUGGACAUGCUGCGUAGUGUAGGAGUCCAUCGCUGCCUGCCCCCCUCCCCUGGCAGUCCUCCUCCUCUUCCAAUCUCCAACAAGAUCAAGCCUCAAGGCAUAGGGUUUGAGCAUGUUAUGUUUGUUGGAGCUGCAAUUCGGGCCAUGGAUAGAGGGUCAUGUGCACUCGAUGGUGCCAAAAAGGAUAAACAGAGGAUGGACCGGCUCCUGUGUCUAGAUGGUGGUGGUAUCAAAGGUCUAGUGCUGAUCCAGAUGCUGAUUGCUCUGGAGAGAGAAGCAGGAAGACCCAUCAGAGAGCUCUUUGACUGGAUUGCUGGCACGAGCACAGGGGGCAUCCUUGCCCUUGCUAUAAUUCAUGGUAAGAAUAUGGAGUACUUGCGCUGCCUGUACUUCCGGAUGAAGGAGCAGGUAUUUAAAGGGUCCAGACCCUACGAAUCGGCACCGCUGGAGGAAUUCCUGAAGACGGAAUUUGGAGAAAACACCAAGAUGACAGAUGUUCAGUAUCCCAGGGUCAUGGUCACCAGCGUUUUAGCUGACAGACAUCCAGGUGAGCUGCAUAUCUUCAGGAACUAUGACCUCCCAGAUCCAAGAGAGCCUCCAUAUGCCUCCACUGCCACAUUCCAGCCUCUAAUCACACCACAAGAACAGCUCGUGUGGAGAGCGGCUCGCUGCAGUGGUGCCGCUCCCACCUAUUUCCGACCAAUGGGGCGUUUUCUGGAUGGUGGGCUGCUGGCUAACAACCCCACACUGGACGCCAUUACAGAAAUCCAUCAACACAACAAGACUCUGAAUGCCAAGGGCCUCCAGCAGGAUGUGAAGAAGCUGGGUGUAGUUGUGUCUUUAGGGACAGGUAAACCGCCCCAGGAAGUGGUUACUUCUGUGGAUGUUUUCCGGCCCACCAAUCCUCUGCAGCUGGCCAAGACUUUUGUUGGGGUGAAGGAGCUGGGCAAGAUGCUGGUGGACUGUUGUACAGACUCUGAUGGCUGUACAGUGGACCGAGCCAGGGCCUGGUGUGAAAUGGUCGACACCAUCUAUCACAGACUGAGUCCACAGCUGUCUCAAGAGGUGAUGCUGGAUGAGGUGAGCGACGCGGUCCUCGUCAACAUGCUGUGGGAAACUCAGAUGUACCUGUUUCAGAAGAGGGACAUCCUCCAGUCUCUGGCACAGCUUUUGCUACAAUAACAGAGAGAGGACAUCACAAGCAGAGGCUACCAGAAAUCAGGGGCGCUAAGAACACCAAGUUACUGACUAAUGUGAAAAAUGACUUAUUUUUUCAGCUGAAGUAUUUCAAAGAUGUAUGAAAUAUAAAUAACCAGAAAGUAAUAAUAUAUUAUUGGUAGAAGAGUUAUGUAGCAUUAUGGGACCUUACCACUGCUGUUAAUCAGGUUUAAUGUUUUUAUACAAACCAAAGAAGAAUUGAUAGUCCUUCCCUCCUUGUGUGAAUCAACAAGCCCACCCUCUCAAUGUUGCUGCUAAACCUGUUAUUUUUAACUAUAAGCAUCUUCUAAACCAAUCAAGUGAUUAUUUUGUUUAUGUAAUAUGAUCAAAGGGGCCACUAGUUAUUAUAAAAACCUUUUGAAAAAAGUGAUGAUGGUACUGAUUCUGAUGUUUUCUUACCACUUUCCACAGUCAUCAGGCUUUUAUAUCGGUCAUUCACACCAACCUUUGAGGCACUGUUUAUCUUUUGACUAAUAACUUUCACACUUGAGUCGUUCAAAUGUUGUUUUGAGCUCACAUUUUAACUAGAAGUGAAGUGAAAACUGCAGCAAGUUGUCAGCUAUCUGAAAACGUGCGCUAUAAUAAACAGGAAGCAACUAAUUGCUUGUUUUUCUAUAAUUUACAGGAGUGUAAAAAAUGAGGUAAUAAAUCAUAUUACUGUUGAA